CCCGGAGCGACGCGGGCCGCUGUGACAGCGGCUGCUGCUGGCCGGUCGGUUGGGCCGCGCGUCGGUGCGUCGGUCGGUCGGUGCCGGUGCGUUCGCGCCGCCGGCUUCGGCCUCGCCGUCGCCCUCGCCAUGGCGCCCCGGACGCCCCUGCUGCCGCUGCUGUCGCUGCUGUCGCUGCUGCUGUCGCUGCUCCCGGGCACCGCCGCCGCCCCGGCCCCUGCCUGGCCGCCCGAGCCGGACGCCGACGCCUGGGAGCCGCCGCUCGCCGAGCUGCUCGAACCCGCCCGCUUCGCCCUGGAGAUGCACAACCGGGAGGCCGGGACGCGGGCCGUGCUGGGCACCGUGAGAGGCCACGUCCGCCGGGAAUCCCGGGGGUCGCUGUACUCGCUGAAGGCGACGCUGGAGGACAACACCUGCAGUGACCCCACUUUGUGCAAGCUCCCUGUGUCCAAGAAGACCCUGCUCUGCACUUUCCAAGUCCUGGACGAGCUGGGCCAGCACAUGCUUCUGCGCAGGGACUGCAAACCCGUCAGCACCAAGUUCACAGGUAUGACACACACACCCCAGGGGAUGGCAGAGCCGGGAGUGGGGGGCCAGGCACCUGCUCACUUCAGCCUUGCUUUUCCUCUCUUCCCACCAUCCCCAGAUGAUAAGAACGGGACGCUCAGUGCAGCCCUGCCGCUGUUGAACCAGGAUGCCAUGCCUCAGGAAGUGUCUGUGAAGAUAGCGUCCAUCUUUAAAGACUUCGUUCUCACCUACAACCGGACCUAUGAGACAGAAGAGGAAGCCCAAUGGCGCAUGUCCAUCUUCGCUAGCAACUUGGUUCGAGCGAGGAAGAUCCAGGCCUUGGACCAGGGCACAGCUCAGUACGGGGUCACCAAGUUCAGUGACCUCACAGAAGAGGAAUUCCGCACCAUCUACCUGAACCCCCUUCUCAAGGAGGAUCUGGGCGUGAAGAUGCGUCUCGCCAAGCCUGUGGGUGGAAACAUCCCCCCUGAGUGGGACUGGAGGAACCAGGGGGCUGUCACUAGAGUCAAGGACCAGGGCAUGUGUGGGUCCUGCUGGGCUUUCUCUGUCACCGGCAACAUCGAGGGCCAGUGGUUUCUGAAGCAGGGAAACCUGCUGUCCCUCUCAGAGCAAGAGCUCUUAGACUGCGACAAGACGGACAAGGCCUGCCUGGGCGGUCUGCCCUCCAACGCCUACUUGGCCAUCAAGGUUCUGGGAGGCCUGGAGACAGAGAUCGACUACAGCUACAAGGGCCACGUGCAGGCCUGCGGUUUCUCCAUUAAGAAGGCCAAGGCCUUCAUCAAUGACUCGGUGGCGCUGAGCCAGAAUGAGCACAAGCUGGCAGCCUGGCUGGCCAAGAAUGGCCCCAUCUCCGUGGCCAUCAAUGCCUUUGGCAUGCAGUUCUACCGCCAUGGCAUCGCCAAGCCCCUGCGGCCGCUCUGCAGCCCUUGGCUCAUCGACCAUGCGGUGCUGCUCGUGGGCUACGGCAACCGCUCCUCCACCCCCUUCUGGACCAUCAAGAACAGCUGGGGCGUCGACUGGGGCCAGCAGGGCUACUACUACUUGCAUCGGGGCUCCGGGGCCUGUGGCGUGAACACCAUGGCCAGCUCAGCCAUUGUAGAUGAAGGAACAGGAAGUCACGAUCAGAUGUGACGGGGCAAUCCCUUCCUGGUCCAGGCACACCCAGGCCCCCUCCAGGAAACCCACUGCAUCCAGGGGUAUGCCUGAGUCGCCUCGGGCUGAGCACAGGGCACUGGGCUAGGAGGACACCCCCAGUCUCUCUGCCCUCCCCCCAACUCCUCCCCUUACAUUCCCCCCACUUUGCCUCUGCUGAAUCCUGGUGUUGGUAGGCUCUUGGGGUUCAACGGGUAUUUUGUACAGCCCAAGCUGGGGCAGGAACCCUAAGUGAGGGUGGGCAUAGGUGGCAAGGAACAUCCUGGCCUUGGUGCCCCUUCUCUCCGUAGCAGCCCCCAUAGCUGUCUUUAAUGCACCAUAUUUCAGGGUGCCCCUCUUUGGGGCCAAAAUUCCUGCCCACUCCUAAAAUAAUUGUACCCAUCCUUUUCUAACAGCAAUAAAGAGGUUACCUAGG